UUAGUGUUGAGUUAAGGUGGAAGCAACACGUUUUACUCUCCGCGAUCCGACUGUCUAAUUUUCUUGUUACGUAAUUCCUGAGAAGCGAAGAUCUAAGUGAUGAAUUCCGACGAUGGAGGUUCAUUGAAUGUACCAGAAGCUGAAUUGCUUCAGUUCAAGACACUUCUUAAAGGUCUUCUUGAACAAGUAUCUGGAGUAACUAAAUCAGUGAAAGGGAUCCAGAAGAAAGUUGAAGAUGGAGUUACAUGUACGGCUAAAGGGGUCAGCUUUUUAGAGGUCAAACAUCACUUGUUAUUAAGCUACAUAAUGGACCUGACCUACAUCAUGCUGCAGAAGGUCAAAGGUCAGUCCAUCAAUGGCGACCCUGCCGUCUUGCGUCUAGCUGAGAAUCGUACCGUCCUGGAGAAGAUGAGACCUAUAGAUCAGAAGCUUACGUAUCAGAUAGACAAACUGAUCAAGACUGCAUCCACAGGUGUCCCAGCAGCUAAUGAUCCAUUACGAUUCAAACCCAACCCUGAUGGACUCAUUAGUAAGUUACAAGAUGAGGAAGGAGAGGAAGAUAGUGAUGAAGAUGAAGAGGAAAAGAUUGAGAAACCCAAGAAAUAUGUUCCUCCCAAAGUUGCUGCUAUGUACUACGACGGUGAUGAGACACAGAAGGAGAGAAGGGAACGUCAACUUGAGAAAGCUAAGAAGAGAGCCCUCAGUAGUGAGAUGAUUAGAGAACUUAGAGCCGAGUACUAUGAUGGCCCUGAAGAAGUUCGGGAAUCUAGGAGCUUGCACAGGCUCAAGGAAGAUAAAGAAGCAAGAGAGAAAAAUGAGUUUGAGGAAGAGAAUUUCAUGAGACUUCCUGUAACCAAGAAAGACAAGCAAAGAGAGCGUAAUAUGACGACCAUGGCGAGUCUAGAUGCUUUGACAAGGUUUGAUAACAUCAGUGUGUUGGAUAGAGACAUAGAGGGAGACAUGGAUGGACCACCAAGAAAGAAGGGAAAGUUGUCAAGCAAGCUUCGAAAGGCCAACAAGAGGAAAGCUGCGAAAGCAUUGAAGAGGAGAAAGAAAAAGUUUUAAAGUUACUUUCUUGGUUGUCAUUGCAAAGAAUAUCAGAAUGAACAUUCUGGAUUAUUAUAUGUAGUUUUUCAUUUCAAUGUUCAGAUCAGAUUUAGGUGCUGAAUUUAAUGUAGAAAUAUAAAUAAACAAUGUUUAAUAUUUGAC